UUCAUCCAAAGAACCUCGUUCUUCAAUGUCCGACAUACAAACAAGUCUCUGGAUGUUUACAGUUGUUUUGCGAAGAUUUCAGAACAAAUGGAAGUCCUACCGACACAGGUUUGUGCCUUGGGUAGUCUUCAACCUGUCUAAAAAUGAGAAAACACUGCGGAAGGUGACUGAGCGCUCGAAAGAUAAGCUAGUCCCCGAUGAGGAGGUUUCACGGAGCCUGCUGACGCUCUUCAGAGCCCUGUUCAGGAAUCAUGGGUUUCAUCAGAGGCAGUUCCAGACUCCAUUUAUGCUGCAGCUAACAAGUGAAGCAGAGCAGGUUGGAGGAGAUCCGGUGUGCGGACAGGAUGUCCUGUUACAGACACUGGGAUUCUGCAUUGAGCGGAAGCCUAGCACUUUACCCUUCGCCGGAACUGGAGUCUUUGUCACCAAGGGAUUUGUACCCAAAGGAGCAACAGUUGCAAUGUAUCCCGGCACUGUUUACCAACCCUAUGAGCCCAUUCUUCUUCAGUCCAUCAGAAACCCCUUUGUUUUCAGAUGCAUUGAUGGCAUCCUGGUUGAUGGAAAUGACAAAGGCAUCUCUAAGAUGGUGUUCAAGUCGUGCAGUGGAAGAGACAGAAUAGGUCCUUAUUUGACCAGCGACACAAGCUGGCUGACAGACACUCCCCAUAACCCCCUAGCUGUGGGUCAGUAUGUGAACAACUGCUCCUACGAGAGGCCUGCCAACGUGUGCUACCAGGAGUACGACCUGCCAUACAAGUUUCCCAUUGAGCUCCACCAGUAUCUCCCUAACGUCAACUACAGCCAGGGUACACAGAGGCGUCUGCGGUGUGUUGUGCUAGUGUCGCUCAGGGACAUUUCAGCAGGGGAGGAACUCUUCUCUAACUACUACACCAUUGUGCAUUAAUAUAGUUUCCAAAAGCCUGCAUCUGUGAAAUUCAAACCAUAUCUCCACUGUAUUCAAUUAAAGAAAAAAAAGGAAAAAUCCAACCGCUCCCUUUGUACACUGGAAAAAAGGCAAAGUUUUUUGUUGUUGGUUGCUUUAACAGAGCAAUUUCGUAACAUUUGUGGAUGAAUAAAGUAUUUGUAAUCUUAUUUGACAUGUGUACCACAACCUUUUCAUUGUUGAUAAGACAGUAAUUUCACUUAAUAUUAAGUAUAUGAAUUAUGGUACCCUACUUGUGGUCUUUGUGGUUCUAGCAGAAAAGAAAGAAUGAAGUUUCCCUCUUAUUGGCUGAGUUAAAAGUCAUCACAAGUGCUGGUUUAAGAGUGGUGCGCUGAUACUGCUGGAUGGUCCAUAGAGUUGCUCAAAUGUUUUAGCUGAAAGCUUAAACUGUCUAUGGAGUUUAACAUCAAAUAAUUAAAGUGUUUCCUAUUGAAAUGCACUAAAAUAGAGCAUAGAGAUAACAGAACUACUUGUGCAAUUCAAUUUCAAUUCAGUUUUAUUUAUAUAGUGCUAAAUCACAACAACAGUAAGGUUAAAACUACAAUCAUAGAGAGAAAAUCCCAACAAUCAAAUGACCCAACAGUGGGACAGAGAACUCCCUUUUAACAGGAAGAAACCUCAGGCAGAACCAGGCUCAAGGAGGGGCGGCCAUGUGCUGUGAGGGGAGGAAGACAGGACAAAAGACACACUGUGGGAGAGAGCCAAACAUAAAAAUAACUAUUGAUUAAAUGCAAAGUGAUGUAUAAACAUAUAGAGAGUGUGAAGAAUAAACACUCAGUGCAGCGUAACUAAGGGAAGAUUCGGGGUUAGAUGAUCAAAUCAAAUCACUUUUAUUGUCACAUCACAUGUGCAGGUACACUGGUACAGUACAUGUGAGUGAAAUUCUUGUGUGCGAGCUUCACAAGCAACAGAGUUGUGCA